UAUACUAACCCUGGAAAUCCAUUGGCCCAUUAUGAUCAAACAGCAACUGAAAUUUGGAAGCAAUGUGAUGGAAAAUUAGAUUAUUUGAUAGCUGGUGCGGGUACAGGUGGUACUAUUUCAGGUGUAGGACGAAAACUAAAAGAAUUGUCACAAGAUAUAGAAAUUAUUGCUGCAGAUCCCAAAGGAAGUAUUUUAGAUCCAGAAUCAAAAGAUGAAAUUGGUUUUUAUGAAGUAGAAGGAAUUGGCUAUGAUUUUAUACCUACAGUGUUAGAUUAUAGUGUUAUUGAUAAAUGGAUAAAAACUGACGAUUAUGAAUCAUUGAAUACUGCCAGAAAGCUUAUACAUCAAGAAGGUUUAUUGUGCGGUGCUAGUAGUGGUGCUGCACUUGCAGCUGCUCUUAAAAUAGCUAAAGACGUUCCUGAAGGAAAACGUAUGGUUAUUAUUUUACCUGACGGAAUACGGAAUUAUUUAACUAAAUUUGUAUCAGACCAUUGGAUGGAAGCUAAAGGAUUUUUGCAACCCACAUGUCAAAAUGAAACAAAUAAAUGGUGGUGGAAUAUGAAAAUUUCGAACUUAACUUUUGAUAAACAAUCUUUAUUGAAAGAAAAUACAAUAACAUGUCAAGAAGCUAUUCAUAUGAUUAAGAAAACAGAUUUACAAUUAUUACUUAUUAGCGAUAAUAAUAUACAUAUAAAAGGUGUUAUUAGUUUGAAUAAACUUAUGUCAAAUAUAAUAUCUGGUACAGUAAAAUGUACAGACUUUGUAGAAAAGACUAUGAUUAAACAAUACGUUAAAGUUAAAUAUUCAGCAUCUCUUGGAUAUUUAUCACGAAUUCUUGAAAAAGAACCAUAUGCCGUAAUUUUAGAUGAUAAAUGUAAUGAUGCUUUUGUUGGGAUUGUAAACCAGUUUCAUAUUUUAAACUUUAUUACCAAAAAUAAUGGUACAGUAUCUAAUAAUUAUUUAACAACUUAA